GUUUGUCUGACGUCACAAUUGUAACGUCAUUUAUGCGACGUCAGUGAUUAUUAGUUGUUAAGGAAUCACUGAACACAGUUCUGAAGUUAUUAAAAGGAUAAAUAAAGGAGUUUGGAAGUAUUGCUUAUUUGCAGAUUUUGUUACCGGGAGUAGACCAAGAUGUCUCGGAAGGCGAAGUCCGAGCACGAGCGCGUGCAUUUCACUCUGGGAAACGACGAAAGAGUAAUGAAGUCCAGUUACCAACUUGAUUUUGACGGCAUUCGCGUGUUCCACGUACCCCGAAGCCCCAAAGCCACACCACCAAUACCAGCACCGCUCGCCGUCCACGAUGAUCCGAGUCUGCGACUCGACAACAAAUGGUUCUCCUCCACUCAAAAAGACUUUAUAGGCUUCACCCCAUCUGCACGGAAAUGCGCUUACGAGUCGAGCCGCAACGGUUUCCGGGCCGCAAAAAAGCGAACGCGCGAAGUUGCGGUGAUGCGCACCAUUAGCGGCGUGCCGAGCUUCUCUAAAUACAGCCUCGACUUCAGGCCUGCGUACUGCUUGUCCAAUAACGUCCCCGCGGCGAUGAAGUAUCUUCAGGAAGCGCUGAAGGCGCCAUCGCAAUUAGAGAGCGGCAUGAUGUCAGAGGCCAGGGACGCCUUUCGGUGGCCGUCGGCGGACCGCAUCAAACUUCCGCUUCAUCUCGGCAAUUCCAUUUCCGGACGGCGAUCGUCGUAGAUAACGGUGUGCUUGUGCUCAAAAACAUUUUCAGUAUUUCGUCAAUAGCUUUUGUUUGUGAUAUCGAUUAUCCUUAAGUGCUUGUAGUAAAAAACUAAAACCUGU